AUGUCGCGUCGUCGCAUGGCGGGCUUCUGGGCCCUGGUCUUCUCAGGCACAGGGUCCGAUGCAACAUUGAUAGGCAAGCGGGCCAUCCAGACGCAGCCCAUCGAGAUAAUUGACGGAUCAAAUACGUUGUAUGACAUUUUGACAAGUACAUUUCUCCUUCAAAGUGAUGAUUCUUACGUCCCCCCUACCCUCUAUGGACAUGGUGAACCAAACACUACCUACAACAUUCCCCUUGCGGACCGUCAGCCAUCAUGUGGGACUGUCAUGGUAGAGAGCCAUGUGACCAUUUUAUCGUCGACUGACCGUAUGAUAUCUGCGCCUGAGACAACCACUCUGCCUACCCAAAAUCCAUGCGACAUAGUAACCGUGAUCGUCAGAAUGCAAGGUUACAGGAAAGGCGAUACAAAGGCGCCUGUCUCCCAAGCUCCGGCCUUGACUUCAUCUCCAUCCGAGCCCGAAAGCUCCGCCAUUAAUUCAGAUCCUACAGCAAUCGGGCAGGAUACUGAUAGUGCUGCUGUUCCUACGAUCCAGACUCCUUCCCAGGGCAACCCUGCCACUUCUUCAGGUUCUACAGUAAUGGGGCAGGACACUAGUAGCUUUCCUGCACCUAUGAAUAAGAUUCUUGCCCAGGACGGCUCUACCACUGCUUCAGAUCCUACAGUGCCAUGGACUACAAUAACCACUCAAGGAACUGGUACUGCUCCUAUGACCAGCACGCAAUCUCCAGCUCGACCCGGUGAAACAGGAACGGUUUGGGUCAUGACCCCCAGGUCUCAGAUGACCUCGGAUGCCCCGAUUGACUAUACAACCAUCACUAGCACUGGCACGGACACUGGGACCUACACCAUCACCGAAACCCCGUCAGGACCUGGACCUGGUACGGUGGUGAUUGUGGUACCGAGCCCAUUGGCUCAAUACGUUACCGUGACAUCUUAUGAUGGCUCGAUCACAGCUAUUGCCACGAGUACAAUAACUCCCAGUGCUCCUGGCGGAACUGGUACUGUUAUUGUCUAUGAUCCGUACGAGUGGGAGACCGUCACCUCCUAUGAUCCUACUGCUCCAUCUGACCAUACAACGACUAUGUGGCCUUCUGCGUCCGGUCAUGUAGGUACGAUAGUCGAGUAUAUGGCAUAUAGAUGGGUGACAGUCAGCUCUUAUGACGAAACGAUCACAGCCGCAUUUACAAAGACUAUAUCACCACCCUCUCCAGACCAAACAGGUACCGUUGUGGUAUACCAGCCAGAUCCAUGGGUCACAGUUACUUCCUAUGGAAGCGUCGCAGCAUCAACAAACACAAUAUAUCCAACUGCUCCCGGCGCAACAGGCACCGUUGUUGUGUAUCAGGCUCAUCAGUGGACGACCGUCACCUCUCACGAUCCAAGAAUCGCAGCUCCGUCCACAACCACUCUAUCGCCAGAUCCUGGAGCGCAGACAGGCACUGUGAUGGUAUAUGAGCCUUACAAAUGGGCUACCAUCACGUCUUAUGGAGAUUUCACAGCUGACUCGACAUCCACCAUAUCUCCAACUGCCCCAGAUGCAACAGGCACUGUUGUUAUGUAUCAGGCUUAUCAGUGGACGACCGUCACUUCCUUUGGAGAAUUUACAGCUACAUCGACAUCUACCAUAUCCCCAUCCACCCCAGGUCAGACGGGAACUGUAGUGAUCUUCGAUCCCCAGCCAUAUACGACUGUCACUUCAUUUGGAGAUUUUGCAGCUGCAUCGACAUCUACCGUAGCUCCGUCCGCGCCAGGUCAAACAGGCACCGUAUUGGUCUUUGAUCCACAGCCAUAUGUAACAAUUACUUCGUACGGAGGUUAUACGACUGAAUCCAGAACCACCAUUGCUCCAUCUACCCCAGGUCAAACUGGCACCGUAGUGGUCUUCGAUCCACAGCCAUAUACGACCGUUACCUCAUACGGAGACGUUACGGCUGAAUCCAGAACCACUAUAGCUCCAUCUGCUCCAGGGGAGACGGGAACUGUGGUGGUCUUCGAUCCACAGCCAUAUACCACCAUUACUUCAUAUGGAGCCAUUACGGCUGCAUCCACUACCACCAUAACCCCGACUGUUCCGGGAGAAACAGGCACCGUGAUAGUCUACAACUCGCAGCCAUAUAUGACAAUUACGUCGUAUGGAGCCGUCUCGACCGCUACCACAUACACCUCGCCUCCCCCGUCUCCUGGCCAGACAGGUAUUGUUUUGGUUAUGAUGCAACAACCUUAUACGACCGUUACUUCGUACGGAGGCGUCACAGCCGAAUCAACUACCACCAUAACUCCAUCUGCUCCUGGGGCAAGGGGCACUGUCGUGAUCUUUGAUCCGCAGUUAUACGUGACUACUACGAGAUAUGGAAGCGUCACAGCUGCCUCGACAACAACUCAAAGCGGUGAUGGGUCCAGCCCAACUCUUACCGUCCUGGUUGAUCUCCCCCAGCCUUACACUACAGUCACUAGCUAUGGUUCCUUCACUGCAGCCACCACUCGAACAUAUCCACCCUCUGUCGCAGGUCAGGUCGGCACUGUAGAAGUUGAUCUCCCCCAGCCUUAUACAACCGUCACGAGCUACAAAGAUGGUCUGACUGAAGCUGAGACUACAACAUACUCUCCCGAUGUGCAAGGAAAGUUUGCUACUGUCGAGGUUGAUCUCCCUCAAUCCUACACGACUGUCACAAGCUACAUUCCAGGCCUCGCGGGCCCGGCAUCUACAACCUUACCGGCGUCUAAUCCAGGUGAUGUGAUGACUGUAGUCGUUGGUCUUCCUCAGCCCUACACAACUAUCACGACGUAUGUUGAUAGUCUGACUGCACCUAUGACUACGACAAACCAACCCGCUAAUCCUGGAGAUCCUGUCACGGUUAUUAUUGAGAGCCCUUUGGCGCAUACGACGGUUACGACCUACGUUGAUGGCUUAACUGCUCCUAUAACCACGACCAAUCAACCGGCUAAUCCAGGGGAUCCGGCCACUGUUGUUAUCGAGAGCCCUCUGGCGUAUACAACCAUCACGACGUAUGUUGAUAGUCUGACUGCACCUCAGACUAUGACAAGCCAGCCGGCCAGUCCUGGUGAUCCUGCUACGGUCAUUGUUGAGAGCCCAUUGGGACAUACGACUGUCACGACAUAUAUUGAUGGCUUAAGUGCUCCUGUGACAACGACAAAGCAGCCUGCGAAUCCUGGGGAUCCAGCUACUGUUGUCAUUGAGAGCCCUCUGGUGUACACAACGAUCACGACCUAUGUCGAUGGCCUGACUGCACCUCUGACUACGACAAACCAACCGGCCAAUCCCGGAGAUCCUGCCACUGUCCUUGUCGAGAGUCCUCAGGCAUACACUACCGUGACCAGUUAUGGCUCUUGGACUCAACCUCUUACUACAACGUUAGCACCCACUGGUCCUGGUGGCGUAGCCACUGUUCUUAUAGAGAGUCCUCAGCCAUACACGACUGUAACUAGUUACGGUCCCUACCCAUCAGCUAUGACAACCACUCAUCAGCCGGCAUAUCCAGGUGGCGUUGCUAGUGUUGUAGUAGAGCUGCCCCAAAGAUAUACGACUGUCACCAGUUAUGGUCCCUACCCAGCAGUAACAACCACUACAAUGGCACCAGCAUCACAAGGUGAUGUAGCGACUGUUGUUGUGGAGUCACCCCAACGAUAUACGACUGUGACCAGCUAUGGCCCCUACCCAGCGGUAACAACCACUACCAUGGCUCCUGCAUCUCAGGGCGGUGUAGCGACUGUAGUUGUGGAAUCACCCCAGCCUUAUACGACUGUGACCAACUAUGGCAGCUUUACAGCAGCAUCAACCACCACAAUGUCACCAGCGUACCAAGGCGGUGUAGCUACUGUCGUUGUGGACUUGCCUCAGUCCUACACAACUACUACAAGCUGGGGUACCUUCACAGCCACUAGUACCACUACCAUAUCCCCGACAUCUCCGGGUGGCGUUGCUACUGUUGUUGUUCAACGACCCCAGUCCUAUACGACGACCACAAGCUGGGGUACCUUCACGACAACUGGUACCACUACCCUAUCACCAACAUCUCCUGGCGGCGUUGCUACAGUGGUUAUGCAGAAACCCCAACCAUACACCACUGUAACUAGCUAUACCACUGUUGUCUCGAGCGCCAGCACAUCCACUGGGACUCCGUCUUCCGCCGGACAGACUGCCACUGUGGUGGUCGUCGCUCCCGCAGUUGGAACCAAGGCUGCAGAUCAAACAUGUAACAACGGUGGUCUGGAAUACGCUAUCUAUACCAACUCGUACUACAAUGCUGAUCCGCCUAAUUACUCUGCCCUCAACAUAGCAUAUUUCGGCACAGCUACACCCACUUACACUGGUGUCACAAGCUCUAUAGGCAUUACAGAGCCAGGAGGAGUCAAAGCAGGAAACUCAGGCCCAGCCCAGGUUAUCUAUCCUGGCGCACCAAGUCAGACAUGGCAGUAUAAGGCUGUUAACCACCGGGCAUUCUUAUAUGCGCCUAUCAACGGUACUUAUUCAGUUGUUGUCCCUUAUUCUGAUGAGGUUACAUUGGUUUGGUUCGGCAAUAAGGCGCUAUCAUCGUGGACACGUGCCAAUGCAGAUCUGGAGCAGGAUUACUCUUCAGGGCCUUCCAGCUCCAAGACUUUCAAUAUACAGCUGACAGCGGGCACUUAUACGCCGUUCCGGGUUUUCUGGGCUAAUGCUCAGGGAGACUAUUCCAUGAUAGUUACUGUCACAGCUCCGGAUGGUACUGUCAUCGUCAAUGGCUCUGGAUCAUCAAGCAAAUACUUUGUUAGAUUUGCUUGUGAUUCUAGUACACCUUCUUAUCCUGCAUUUGGAAAGGGCGGUUAA